CUCCAAUGACAUGUAAUGCAUGAUUCCAGCCUGAGCGCUGCGCCCCCUACAGGCAGAGACACCUACAGACACCAAACUGAUGACGUGGUUCGGUCCGUUGACCAGAGCAGCGGUAUGGCCGACCAGAGCAGGCAAAUAAAACUCGCUGCAGCUAAGAAAAAGCUGAAGGAGUUUCAGCAGAAGGGCUCCCCUGCUAGCGUGGGAGGAGAAAAGGGUGGUGGAGGAGGAGGAGGUGGUGGAGCAGGGGCCAAGAAGAAGAGGAAGGUGAAGGGACCAAACCAACACGAUGCACCUUCAACAGACAGAAACUCGCCGGACAAUACCUUUGCUGACGUCGAGGCCAUGGGGUCUUCAGUUCCCCAGCUGCUGGAAGAGCAAAAGGGCCAGCCUGGUCACGGCUCACCUGUGUCUAACCCUGCUAGCGCUAAUACUGCUACUAAUCCUGAGUGUGUCAGUCACAACAAUGACCUGCAGGACUAUCCUGAUACCAACGGCAAUGAGAGUUUAACAGAUGAUAAUAGACCACUGUCUUCCACAGAGAGCCUUCGACAGCUCUCACAGCAACUGAACGGCCUGGUCUCUGAGUCAUCUGCUACGUACGUGAAUGGGGACGGUGCACCUUCUGGCACUGAGAGAGAACUGGAGAAUCGGAACCAGGAGCUGGCAGCCGCCCUGGAGUCCAGCAACCUAACAAACUCUCAGCUCAAUACCAAGCUAGACCAGCUGGUGCAGCAAUCUCAGGGGCUCUCAGAUCAGCUACAAAAGGAACGAAAAGAAUUUGAACAGAGAUUUUCGAAAGAGCACGGAGCCAUGCGGGAGCAAUUACAGGUUCACAUCCAGACGAUUGGUAUAUUGGUAUCAGAGAAAUCAGAGCUACAAACAGCACUACAAUACACACAACAGGCUGCGCGGCAGAAAACAGCUGAGGCAGACGAGUUGAAUAACCGUCUGCAGGCAACAAAGCAGAGAGUGUCAGAGCUGGAGAGAACUCUCUCAUCUUUCUCAGCACAGCAGAAACAGUUUGAAAAGUACAACAAAGACUUUGAAAAGGAGAGAGACAACCUGAGGCUUGAGGUGUUAAGAUUAAACAAUUUGAGUGAGGAGUUGAAGCAACAGAAUUCAGAGCUUUCAGAGCAGUUAAAGGGGCGUGCACAGGAGAAUGGAGCAAUGAAGCUGGAGUUGGAAGUUCUUCACAAGAGGCUUGAGAUGACUGACCUCGUAUUGCAACAGUGUUCCAGUCAGUCAGAUCCCACCAGUGACCGCCAGCAGGUCCAGUUACUGCUAGAAGAGAAGCAGCAGCUGGAAGCACACAAUCACCAGCUGAUGGAGUCGAUUGCCCAGCUGCAGAGAGAGAGGGACUGCUAUGCAGAGCAGAUCCAGGAGGAGGGUCGUGUAUGGAAGGACAAAACAGAACAGCUGCUAACACAGGUGUCUUUGGUUGCAGAGGAGAGAGACAGAAACAUCAGCCGAGUCCAAGAACUGGAGGCCAGCAUCACAGAGCUACAAAAUGCUGCAGCGUUGUUGUCCCAGGAGAGAGAGGCUCAGGAUGUUGCAGAGCCUCAUCCCACGGGGCCCUCAGAGAGAGAGGUGGCUCUGCAGGAGGCCCUCAACACUCUUCAACAGGAGAAAGACGCUCUUACUGCACAGUUCCAGGGACAGCUGCGAGAUAACGAGCAGCUGAGCCGCAUGUGUACAGAGCAGGAGAAGCGUCUGGGCGAGCUGGAGAGGCAGGUGGAGAGCCAAGUCCAGGAGGAAGAGGACCGCCGGCGCAUGUUGGAGGAUGUUCAGUCAGACAAGGCCACUAUUAGCCGUGCUCUCACCCAGAACCGUACACUGAAGGACCAGCUGGCUGAGCUACAGAAUGGUUUUGUCAAACUGACUAAUGAGAACAUGGAGCUCACCACUGCCAUCCAGUCAGAGCAGCAUGUGAAAAAGGAGCUGGCUCGCAGAAUGGGUGAACUGCAAGAGGAAUUACAUAACGUCAAGGAGCAGCUGGAACUUAAAAGUACGGAGACUCAGGGUCUGAUGGAGCAGAGGGACCAGGUAGUGGCCCACCUGCAGCAAUACUGUGCUGGCUACCAGACCCUGGCCUCAGAGAGGGAACAGCUCCACCACCAGUAUCUGCAGCAGCUCCAGCUCAUGGACCGGCUGCAGCACGAUGAAAGCCAGGGCCGCGUGCAACUGGAGAUCAGUCACAAUCAGCUCAAACAAGCGCAGGAGAAUUUGGAGCUGUUGGUCAGAGACAACGAGCAGCUGAAGGCUGAGGUGAAGGAGCUGCUCAACAGCUCAGCUUUUGCCCCGUCAUCCAGAGACCAAGGUGAUGGAGUGGAAAGCCAGUCGCUGCAAGAGAGCCCAAAUAAGUCUUCCACCAUAGUUAUCCCCGAAGACUUUGAGAGCCAGAAGGAGAUUGAGGAGUUUAUCCGAGGAGCUUUGGCUCAGUUGGAGGCAGAGAGAGACGAGGCCAGAAGGCAACUGGAGAAGGAGCACAGGCUCCACAUGGCAGCCAGGCACAAGGCUGAUGUGGCCACCAGCAUUGAGCACCAACACCACAGCCACAAACCUGUUCAUGACCAUCAUCACGACCAUCAUGAGCAUCACGAGCACGAUCACACUCAGGGCCAACAUAGUCACUGUGAACACAGUCACGAGCAUUCAGAAGGAGGUGUACCGUUGGAGGUUCAUCAGGCCCUGCAAGUUGCCAUGGAGAAGCUUCAGCAGCGUUUCACCUCCCUCAUGCAAGAGAAAGCUGACCUGAAGGAGAGGGUGGAGGAGUUGGAGCACCGCUGCAUCCAGCUGUCUGGAGAGACCGACACUAUAGGGGAGUACAUAGCCCUGUACCAGAGUCAGCGGGCCAUCAUGAAACAGAAACACCAGGAGAAGGAGCAAUACAUCAGCAUGCUGGCCCAGGACAAGGAGGAGAUGAAGGCGAAGCUUGCAGAGCUGCAGGAUCUGGUGAUGAGGCUGGUGGCUGAGAGGAAUGACUGGUACAGCCGCUACACCAAAGCUGUAGCCGGCGCAAGCACAGUGAACCCCGACCUGCUUCCUGUUGGGGAGGAUCAUAUUCACCCAGAGCACCAAGCACACGCACACACAGAGCGUAAUGCUGUCAGUGGAGCAGAAGCCAUGGAGGUCGUCCCUCUGUCAGAAGCCACCACAGGCCUGGAAGCCCCCUCGUCCCAGACACUUACAAGCGGGUCAGCCCAGACUGACGCAAUGUCUCUGGGGCCCAAAGAGGACGGCACCGCCCAGCAGAUCAUGCAGCUGCUCCAUGAGAUCCAGAACCCCCAGGGAGCACUGAGAUCACCACACUUCCUCGGAGAGAACCCCUGCAUCCCCUUCUUCUACCGGCCUGACGAGCAGGACGAAGUCAAGAUCCUGGUGGUGUGAGGUGUAGGUGUGACAGAAGCUGGCGUGUGUGUGUGUGUGUGUGUGUGUGUGUGUGAGAGAGAGAUAUUGGAUAUGUCUUGAAAUCUGGGGAAUAUUAAAUACCACAGUUUACCAUGUCUGUAGCUUGUUUAUCAUAUUCACAAACACUUCUCAAGUAAUGUGAUACCCUGCAAAACUGGUCACAGAUGUGUGAAUGUCUUUGACCCAAUUACAUUAAAAUGCCCCCUCCCUGUUCUGUGCAUUGGCACUAAAAUGUGCAAGGUUAAAAAGAGAGUAUUUUCUAUUUGUUGUUUUUCUUGUCUAUAAUGCUAUUCCCAGAGAACAGAUAAUCAGUAUUUCUUAACACAAUCUGAUUAGUCUCCUUCCCACAGUUUUUAAAUCCCAUCCUUCCUCUUGCCACCCGUCUUACACAAGUGCAAUAAAGGGGUCAUAUAUUCUCUCCCCUCGCUGAUACAGUACUUAAAGAGCUGUCACAAAUGAGCAGCCUGUUUGCGUGCAACUUUAUUUUACAGCAAACUUCCGUUUUACACAAUUCACUGUACAAAUGCCAAAAAAAAAGAGCUUCACGUUGGAAUGUAAUAACCCGAAUAUUUACCUGUGUGUUUGUGUAAGUAGGGGAACUGAUAAUGGUGAAUGGAAGAGAUGCAGAAUGAGAUUUAAGCUGAAGUCAAUAAAGAAAGUUAGUGCACAUAAUAGCUUUUGAAGUGUAAGCGCUGUUCUGUUUCAAAGUCAAGAGCUCAGCUAGUUACAUGAUUGGGUGCAGAAGGUUGCAGGCAGGUGUCACAGAUUAGUACUGUUCCUAAAACUACCUUUUCUCUACAUUGUCUUUUGCCUCCAAACACUGAAAAAAAGUUGUAUGUUUGUACAGUGCAUAAGGUUAAUAUAUCUGAAACCUUUAUUUUGUUAUGUUGUCAAACAUCCUGUUAGACUGAGAGAUAUCACCAGUUACUAAAAUGUGGUUUCUAAGUCAUCGAGGAGAUAGAUGCAAUUUAAAGUCCCCAUGAAGAAAAAGCAAAUUUUAGUCAGUUAUUAAGGCAAUAUUUUCUCAGUUUCUGAACAGUGGAGAACUCUUCCAGAGUUUCAUUCAGAUAAGUUAUGGAGCUCGGGGCCCUGUGCUGGGGGCCACAUUGUUGUUUUCUGUAUAGCUUGAUAGGUAGCCUAUUAAGGUACAGUGACUGGAGGAAGUUACAGAAAGUAUGGUGUUAAAAUCUCUAUUUCUGCAAUCUUGACUCAUCUAUCUUCUACAAAUAUUCUCUAAUCAGGUGCUCUGGGGCAUUUGACUGGCCUCAUCACAAACGCAGACCACACUCAUCACUCAAGUCUUGAAAAUAGAUUUCCCCCUCAUUAGAGCUGCUCAUCCAUAACUGAGCUGCUCUAUUUCAUGGGGUCUUUACUUUUCUAGACUAAUUGACACUAUGAAUCAGAGCCCGUACCUUUCUGUUACGUUUGCUUUUCCUACAUAUCAACAAUGAAUUAAUGCACAUCCUUUACAACUGGACUGAGUGUAUGUGACAUGUGUGUGUAAUCCAAAGCUGAAGUUUUGUCCAUCUGUUGUACUUUUUUGUAGAGUUAUAUCAGAUUAUAUAAGUAUGAUUGCACUAAAACUGUACAAAGCUCCUUGUUAGGCUCUGUCCUCUCCGGCUGGUUGGACAGUGUGACGUUUGUACUGUAGAGCCUCUUUAUAAUUUCUGUGGAGGAAAAAGGGGAAUCCUAUGAAGCCACACUGUUAAGCUGAGGAUUCCAAUAGAAGCAGAUUAAUUUAAUUGAAAGUGUGUAAGGGGGGGUGCAUGCGUGUGUGUGUGUGUUGCACUCAUGAUAAAGGAUGAAGGUGUGUAAAUAUGAGUAGAAGGUGAAAUUAAUGAGAUCGCUUACUUCAAGAAGUUGUAGUGAUGUUAUUCCCGAAAGUGUGGGACCAAUCAGAAUUUGAGAAAAUUCGCAACUCUUCUCAAAACUGGAGAACAAAACAAGGCAAAUCUGUUGUGUUCAUAUUGUGUAACUCUUGUAUCGGCUAAAAACACAAGUAAAUCUCCUUUGGGCAUUAAACACAAGACAAUAGGAUUCAUAGUUUUUUAUUAAAGACAUCACAGGUGUCUAGCUUUAACCGAGAGACGCUCAUAUUCACGAAUGUGGCUUGGAGGAUGGAUUGAUUGACAUGUUGAGCUCUUCCCCUUUACAACAAACUAACAACCAAGAGCGGCACUAUCACAGCUCAUAUUCCACCCCCCAUUUCAGAUUAUAUCAUGGCACAGGCCUCUGUUUUGUGAGAGUCGUUCCAUGAUUUUAAUAUGCAAGGACAUGAGGGUCUCACUGCAAGUCAUACAUCAGACGUCUUUUGGAGGUAAUUUGUCCCUCUUAUUCGGAUGUCUUAGUAUUUUAACAACCCCUCUGAAGGUAAAGGACACUUUUGGAGACAAUUAUUAAAUUGUACUCUUCAUAUUUAUCACUAAAAGCAACAGGACAGAAAACAUUGGUGCAAAUUCUGGUAUUUUAAGCAACAUGUAAUUAAAAUAUAAGGUAUAUAGAGGCCAUGUGUACUUGGUGUUAACAGCACUGCAUCUACCCUAAAUCACAGCACUUUGUUAGUAAGUGCUGGGGUUGUUGUCAUUCUUGAUGGUAAAGUCCCUUGCUUUGCUCGUAGCAGUCUGUCACUUUUGUUUUUCUUUGAAACGUGUCACAAAGUAUGAUUUUGUUUUUGUUUUCCUUCAUUUUGUUUUUGGGAGUGGUCAAGAGGUGAAUAUACAGUAAAAUCAUUUAAUGUUGUUUCGGGGCUUGCGAAUUAAUAGAACAAUGUGGAUAAAAUGCCUUCCCACACUUUCUAAUUCACUGUUAAAUAUGUUAUGUGAUUGAAAUAGCAAUGAGAAAGCAUUUAUUGUCUUUACUGUAAAAGAGGUGAUGUAUAUACUGUAACUGUGUAACAUAUUGUAUAUUCAUUAUGCCUGGUGUGUGGGGAGUUAAAGCUGCUCUGCCAUGUUUACUGGCAGCGUGGGCUGUGUGUAUGUCUGAUAGUACAGAGUAGGGUUGUUGGCGGUUACUGACUGGCUGUGAUUUAAUACAAAGAUUGACUAAAAAAGGAGAAAAUAUUCUAUUUAUUUGGAAUAAGUUAGUAUCUCAACUAAUCAGUUUCAGUGUAAAAUAGAAGUGACUGUUGGAAAUGAAGGAUAAUUCAACUGAUUCAUUCGAGGGCUGCUUCUGACAGAAGCUUUCAGAUUUUUUUUCUUCCUUGAGUAAUAUUUUCUCCCCUUCUGAAUAAAACUGAUUGAGCAACUUAAA